GCUGUCAGUCUGAUCACUGAGGAGUCUGACUUUCAAAGGUCUACUUUAGAAGACGAACUCCACAUUUUGAUGUAAAGUUUUUGAGAUAAGUACAGCAGGAACUUUUGAGAGUAGAGAUUGAGAAUGAGGGGCAAGAUUCAUCAGAUCAGGAGGAUUAAAAUGCUUUUAUUUGGGAUGCUGAUGCUUCUCUGUACAGCUCCAUCAGCUGUAACUGGAGAUAAUACCGCCUCUGUCACUGUAGGAUGUUGGGAAAACGUCACUUUACCCUGUGGGAAUGUGAUCAAAAAUCAGCUGAACUGUUACUCUACUUCUUGGCUUUUCAGUUCUCAUUCCGGUGUCACAUCAGAAGAGCUGAUAACACAUGGAAAUAUAAGUUAUAGUAGGAUAGUUAAAGCUAAAUCAGAGAGACUACGUGUUAAAGAGGACUGUUCUCUGGCUAUAAAACAUGUCACACGUGAGGAUGUUGGACGUUACGCCUGCAGACAGUUCACACCAGGAGAGCAAGAUUCAGACGCUUUUGUGUUUCUGUCUGUUAUUAGCAUAUCUUCUCCAGCUUACACAGAUGACACAUCAAGAUUUUUCUGCAAUGUUUUCAGUUAUGGAGGCUGUGAACACACACUUCAGUGGUAUUAUAAAGGCAAUGAUAAAGAACUAUCAGUGACAUAUGGCACCUGCUCAGCCAUUGUGACAUUUACAACUCCUGCUGAGAGGUCAGACUAUGGUCGGCUGGUUUGUAAUGUGACGGAUAAGAAGAGUGGACAAACUCUGCAGUGUGACACUUUCUCUGAGUCAUGUCAGAAAUCAGAAUCAAAAGGAGACACGUCAUCAGAGAAACAAGGAAAAAUUCCUCCACUGUACCCCGAAACAUCAGGUCUCAUGCUCAGGUUUAUCAUUGUGUCUGUGGGAUUUGCAGCACUCAUUCUAGCUGUUGUGACUGUCAGCAUAUGGACCAGAAUCAAAGGAAACAAAACCCAGAUUGAUCCUGAUGCUGUACAGGACAAUGAAGAUUUUGGUUCAGUCGUCUAUGAGAACUGUGGAGGCCAUGAGGCUUCUGUCAGAAUCCAGAGAUCAAGAACUAAAUGAUCUGCAUGACCUUUAAAACAUGUACAAAACAAACAAUUUAAGAUUGUGUUUGUAAGCUUGAGAAAAGUUUCUAAUGUAUAGCUUUGCAGUUGUGUUCUUAACUCUUUAUGAAUGGUAGAAAAUGAAUGAAAAAAGAACUGUAUUAUUCAAAAAGUAGUGUUUCUUUUCUGCUCUUGUAAUAUUUUCCAAUCAAAUUGUAAUUCAGAAUUUUUUCCUUAGUCUGAAAUCGCAAAGAAUUUGAAUAUCCUACCAUAGAGAGAACAUAAUAUCAUCAACAGAUUCAGAGACAAGGCUGAAGGUCAAUACUGGAUGCUCUUUAUGUUCGGGCCCUCAGGGGCCACUGCAUUAAAAACAGACAUGAUUCUGUACUGAAAAUCACUGCAUGGGCUCAGGAACACUUCCAGAAAUCACUGACUGUUAACACAGUUCACUGUGCCAUCCAGAAAUGCUGCCAUCUUCUCAGGGCCAAAGGUCAUUCAAAAUAGACUGAGACAUGAUGGGAAAACUGUUCUGUGGUCACGUGGAUCAAAAUUUAACCUUUUUUUGGGGGGGGGGGGGGGGGACAAAACAAAAAACUAAAGAGGAGAGGGACCAUCCAGUUUGUUAUCAGAGCUCAGUUCUAAAUCCUGCAUCUCUGAUGGUAUGGGGUUACAUUGGUGUCUAUGGCGUGGGCAGCUUACACAUCUGGAAAGAAACUAUCAAUGCUGAGAAGCAGAGAGAGGUUUUAGAGCAACAUCUGCUCCUAUCUAGACAAUGUCUCUGUCAGGGAAGGCCUUGAUUAUUUAAAUACAAUUUGAAACCACAUACACUACCUGUCUGUAGUCCAGACCUUUCACCAAUAGAAAACAUUUGGAGCAUCAGAAAAGAAAAAAAUCCAUCAAAGAAGACCCAGGACUGUUGAUAAUCAAUGCAGCGAAAAUCCUACAUCAGACAAGAAUGGGACAACAUUCCUCUCCAAAACUCCAGCAACUGGAGGGGAUGCUACAGAAUGCUAAACAUGGUCCUGUCCCUGCUGUUUUGAGAUGCGUUGCUGCCAUCAAAUUUAAAGUGAGCUAAUAUUUGUCCUGAAAUGUUCAAAUGUCUGUUUCAACAUCUGAUAUGUUG